AUGACCAAGCGAGAGAUUUGGAUCGUCGGUGCGAAGCGAACGGCCUUUGGCACGUUCGGCGGCGCCCUCAAGAAGCUCACGGCUACGGACCUUGCGGUGGAGUCGGCCAAAGCCGCGCUCGCGCAGGCCGAAGUGAAGCCGGAAGACAUCGACCACGUCAUCUACGGCAACGUUCAGCAGACCUCGGCGGACGCGAUUUAUCACGCGCGCCAUGUCGGUCUUCGAAGUGGCGUCCCGCAAGAAGUCCCGGCGCUAACGGUGAAUCGUCUUUGUGGUUCAGGCUUUCAGUCGGUCGUUAACGGCGCGGAGCAGAUCCUCCUCGGCGACGCCGAGAUUUGUCUCGUGGGCGGCGCGGAGAACAUGUCGCAAGCACCGCACGUCGUCUACAACGCGCGCUGGGGCUUUCCGUUCGGCAAGUCGCCGGAGCUUUCCGACUCGUUGUGGUCGGCCCUCACCGACACGUACACCGGCUGCGCCAUGGCGGUGACGGCCGAGAACCUCGCCGAGAAGUACGACAUCUCUCGCGAAGAAUGUGACGGCUACGCGAUUCGUUCGCAGCAGGCGUGGGCGGCUGCGCAGGCGGAAGGAAAGUUCGCCGACGAAAUCGUCGCGCUUCAACUCAAGCGUAAGAAGGGUCCGUUCGAGUUCGCCGUCGACGAGCAUCCUCGCCCGGACAGCACCCUCGAAAUCAUGACGAAGCUUCGUCCGGUCUUUAAGAAGGACGGCCUCGUCACGGCAGGUAACGCAUCCGGCAUUUGCGACGGUGCAGCAUCACUCGUGAUCGCUUCGCGCGAAGCCGCCGAGAAGCGCGGCCUUCGUCCCCUCGCUCGACUUGUCGAUUGGGGCAUCACGGGUGUCGAUCCAACCAUCAUGGGUAUCGGACCGGCUCCGGCGAUCAAGAAGGCCCUCACCCGCGCGAAGCUCGAGCAGGAUCAGAUCGACAUCUUCGAAGUGAACGAAGCGUUCGCGCCGCAGUACCUCGCCGUCGAAAAAGAACUCGGCCUUCCGCGUGAGAAGACCAACGUCAACGGCGGCGCGAUCGCGCUCGGCCAUCCGCUCGGCGCAUCGGGCGCACGCAUCACGGCGCACCUCUGCUACGAGCUGGGGCGUCGCGAAGGAAAGUACGCCGUUGGUUCCGCCUGCAUCGGUGGCGGCCAGGGCAUCGCCGUCGUUCUCGAGCGCGUCUAG